AUUAUAAUUAAUAUAACAAUAAUAUCCAAUCAAUGCAUACAAACAAUCAGUGUGUUUGACAUUAACAGUGAAAACAACAUUACUGUUACAUUACUGCAGUCAACAAUACAUACAGUAUUAAGUGAUAAACCAAUUGAUAAACAGUUUGUUAUCUCAACACAGAGUCUUGCGGUGAUAAUGGGUAUCAUUGUGUGACUGAUACCACUGCUAGAGAGAGAGAGCACUGGUAGCCAAUAAUAACUGUUCUCAACAACUGAUUAAUUAAAUACUAUUUAACGCAAUAUUAUGUUAAGCUAUGCGAUGGAUGACAGCAAUCAUCGACAGCCACAACAACAACAACAGCAGUCACUUCUGCAUCAGUCAUGUCGUCAUUAAAUGUAAAGCCAUUUCCAACAAUCAAAAGGAGUGUCUCAACACCGGGUACUCUGCUAUUCAAUUGGCGAUCACUUAAUAGCGAAAUGGAUCGCAUGGACAGCCGUUUUCAGUUGUUGUCGACAACAGCUAACAGCGGCUCUUCUCCGGCCAACAGUUCGCACACCAGUGACAGUCAAGACGAAUAUCACAGUCUGACGACACCUGAUAUCGUCAGAAACAAGUCCGUCGAUUACUAUAAUUGGUCGCCAAUUAAUACAUUCCGGUUAGAUGUUGGCGACUAUCACUCAAAGUAUGACAAUAUUCAUGAUGUACUUCGUGUCGCACCCGACGAUUUGGCCACACAGUUGACACUAAUUGAUUUGGCUAUAUUUGUCGACAUACGAUCCGAAGAGUUGUCGUCUUGUCAAUGGAAUGGUAGCAAAAAGUUGCAAAUAUCACCAAAUGUGGUCAAAUUUACGCAAAGAUUCAAUAGAGUCAGCUUUUGGGUAAUUAAAGAGAUCUUAGAGCACAAGUCGGCCAAACAUCGGGCAGAGGUUUUGAGUCAUUUCCUCAAAGUUGCCAAACGUUUACACGACUUAAAUAACUUGCACUCAGCGUUUGCAAUUACAUCAGCCCUGUCCAGUGCACCCAUACAUCGAUUAUCAAAGACAUGGACCAAUUUGUCAAAAAAAGAUAAACAACUCUAUGAGCGUCUCAACGAAUUGUUCUCCAGCGACGACAACUUUGACCGAUUACGGGACCAUUUGUCUCACACGAGAAACCCAUGCAUUCCAUACCUGGGUCUCUAUCUGACGGACAUUACACACAUAGAUGUGGCCCAUCCGUUGUCCAAAGGAAAGGAGACACCGAACCGAAAGCAUAAAAUGGAUUCAGUGCUCAACACAAUAUCCGAAUUUCAGAAAUCAGUUUAUGACAAUCUUCCAAUUAUGCCAAAUCUACAGAAAUAUUUAUUGUCCGUUCGAUAUAUCGAAGAGCUUCAGAGGUUCCUCGAAGAAGACAAUUUUAAGAAAUCUCUAUCACUUGAACCGCCAGAAACUGACGGCAAAAGUGUAUUUUAUGUCCGCGAACUUAGCCAAGCAGGCGGUUCGCAAACCAACUCGACCUCCGGUGAUCAAUCAACACUGCAAACACCUUUAUCUCAUAGCGGGACAAACAAUAGGCUGUCCGUUAGUUUUAACUGUGCCGACACUCACGCCAACGCUAACUCAAUGCCAACUUAUAGUAAGCGAAUCCCGUUUAUUGCUGGUCACCGAAAGUCUCAUAGUUUGGGCACAAAUGUGUUGUCGACAAUAACGAGCGCCAUUCCAUCCAAUACUAAAUAUUUGCUUUCGACCCAUCAUUCAGAUGUCGAGAACAAGAAAAACAUUUGCCUUAUAGAUGAUAGUCCUCUCAUUGAAGAACCCGUUAUACAUAAGUCUAGAGAUAUUACCGAACAGACAGUUACUGUCAUUACAUUACCGACGAUCGAAAUUAUUUACGACGACGAAGAACUAACCGAAUUACGAAAAGAUGUGGUCAAUGAUUAUAAACAAUAUAAUAGAUAUAUUGAAAGAAAUAUACCGUUCAUUAGUGGAGAUAUACUACUUCAAGGAAUGGUUAAAAGAAAGACUAUCUUAAAGGAUGGAAAGAAACCUUCUAUGGCCGGUUGGGUUAAAUACUGGCUGAUACUACAGGGCAAUCAUUUGUAUUAUUUUGAUUCCAAACAAUUUAAGACAUAUCAAACUGAUAUUUUUCCUUCAAAUCCUCUAAAGUGUCGUUCACUCAUCGGUUGGUCGGUAUCUCUGUUUGAAGACACACAAUAUACGGAUACCUUUCGAUUGUCAGACAAUUACGGCAAAAAUAUGUACAAAUUUCGUGCGCCAACACCCGGACAGGCCUACGAGUGGUUCAAAAAGAUUAGUCAAGUGGUGGCACAGUUCAAGUGUCGACAGCAACCGAUCGAUUCACUCAUUGACUUUUGCGACGAUUCCAUAAACUGCAAGAAUUAUAAUUACCUGUGAAU